CGCCCGCGAGUCAAUGGUCAGUAACUAUCACCCGACAGGGACACAGCCCUUUUCUAAAAAGGGACCAUUACCGUCCCAGAUGCGCACGCACAGAUCGGUCGGAGGCGAGAAUUGGUCUUUUCAGGACACAGUUCAGCUCUUGUAUGGAUGUAUCCCCAGAUCGCAGGGUUUCCAAGAAAUCGAGCCUGUCCCUUGUGCACUUGUGAAUAAUUUCGCAAGACAGCACUUCCACUUCGGGACUCCGGGUUAUCCUGAAGCUGCCCGGGACCUUUCCAGCUGCCCAGCUCCAGGUCUCCGGACAUUGUGCUCCAGGCUCCGGGCUGAGCUAGCUAGUGUUUGCUUCCUGUUCUUUCCACCGAGGGAAGCGAGUGCCACCCCCACCCGCAUUUGCCUGCGAGUCUCCCUAGCUAGUAGGAGGGCAGCCUUCCCGUCCCGGGAGGAAAAUGGCGCAGCUAAUUUGGUGAGGAGAGCCGGCCCCGCCCCCGAAAGGAGUAGUCCGCCAGGUGUCUGGGAACUUGAGCGUGGGAAGAAAGGUGCUUAGUGUUCUGAACCCUUGGGCUGCAUUUCAAAACAGUCAUAUUUUUAAAGGGGUUAGAGGAGGGGGAGGAAGAGGACAUGGCAACAUUCCAGAAACCAGCAUUAUUACAACACCAUAGCCAGUAUGUUUAGUUUGGCUUUUCCUAACAUAGAAAUCGUAGAAGGUGGGGGAAGUGGAAAUAAAGUUUUAAAAAAGAGAGCAGUUUUCCAACUAUGUCAACAAAGCCUAUCGUGUUGAUGUUUUUAUUGACCAUUUUAGCAACAUGCUAAUAAAAUUUCAAAUUGAAAUUUUUAUUUUCAUGGCUUUAAUCCAUGAUAGUUUAAAUACUGGGGGCCAUUAAGAGUGGAUUUAGCUAAGAGCUUAGCUAACAUUGCCUUUUCACUCUAUUUUUCUCAAAUCGUAUGAGAAUUCUGUUUUUGACUAUUGUAGUUAAUUUUUUUUUUUGCUUUCAACAGCAGCCCUAGUAAUGGUGGAAUUGUUAAUCGAUGUGUAUAUUGUACUGAAUUUCUGUCAGUUAAAGGGUUUACUGCUUUGGUGGAAAUUGCUAGCAGGUUCCAUGAUGUUUCUUUUCUUCGUGUUGUAUGUCAUUACCAUUUCACAUUUUUCUUCCUCUCCUACUGAUCUCCUUAAAAAGAAAUCUAGAGUUGGUGGCUUUAUUCCCCUCCCCCUUGGCAAAUCCUACAGCUCAGUUCUGCCUAAAAACAGGGAAGAACUUGUAGGAUCAGGACAAACGUGUGUUUUUCAAAAAAAAGUUAAGGCUGGGUGACACCCCUUCCUUGGGCGAGGAUUUCCAAAUUUCCCUCCUUGUGCUGCAGCCCUAGCCUGACUUAUUGUUACUUGAUUCAGUGUGUUAGACACUUAGAGCAUCUCUGUCUCUUUCAAGGGAAUUUGUCAAAUAAUGCUGUUUAGCUAAUUGUUGCAAGCAAUUGCAUAUUGACAGCUGUGAUUUAGUUGGACAGCAAAUAUUAUGGCCAAAGCCAGUUUCUUGGCAUUUCAAAUAUAAUGCAAUAAAAACUAGUCGAGGUUAGCUGAGACUGGAAAUGCCUUUUUCAUGGUAAAUGAUUCAUUUCUCUCUUCUUUUCUUUUUUUUUCUUUCUUUUUUUUUUUUAUUUUCAUCCUGGAUUCAUUCCCUGAUCUUAAAUCAAAAGGUCACAUCAAUGAAAUAUGAACUAAAGUAUUUUUCUUAAGCCUAUUGAGUGAUUUAUUUUUUAAAAAAUGUUUAAAUGCAUAUGCUUUUCUUUCAGCACAAACAAUAGCAAAAUUUUGUAAUAACUGACUUACCUUUGCAUGUAUGGAGAACUGAAAGUCAUUUAUUUCCCUAACUUAUUCCUCUUUUGAAUAACAGAUGGCAGAUCAUAAACUGAAAUUCUUUAUUGUAUCUACACACUCCACAUUCUUUACUGUGUCCUACUACUGUAUCUCCGCUCCCUGCUGUAUUAAACACCAUCUUAAGCACUUGUUCCUACAGGACUCCUUCUUGACAUUUUGUUUUCCACUUCAAAGUCAUUCAAAGUGUGAGAUUUCAUCAAAAGAAAUGAAUCAGUCUCUAUCAUACCUAAUACUAAGAUGUAUUUCCUCUGAUGGUACAUGAUCUGAGUUCUCUCUUCCUAAGAGGGUCACUCUAACAGAGGAAUAGUUUAUCAGCUUUAUACUUGCUGAGACUAAACUGAAAAUAAAAAUAAGUUGGGAAGUUAAA